GCCAUUACUUUCAAGAUUUCCGUUGAGGUAUUUUCUAUAAAUAAUGUUGAAUGUUUUUUAUUUAAAUUUCAGAUGCCACAUCAGACAGAUUGAAAAUGAUGCUUUCUACAAUGUGAAGAAUUUGACUACUUUGUUCCUUACUGGAAACCCCAUUAUAUAUUUUGCUCCUGGAUGCUUGAAUACUUUAUAUAAUCUGCAAAGGCUAGUUCUCGUGGAUAUUGGUCUUGAAUCCUUACAGCUUAAUAUUAAUAACCUUACCAAGCUACAGGAACUCAAUGUUGGAACAAAUUACAUCCAGUCUAUGACUCUUCCUCCAUUCAUGACCACCUUCAAAGACUUCAGUUUACUUGAUCUACAUGCCAACAAUAUAUCCAUCAUCAGAACUGAUCACACCGUUGUGCUGCGAGAGAUCGGAAGAAACAUGACGUUGAUUCUGACUUGGAAUCCAUUACUACACAUUGAACCAGGAGCUUUCAAAGAUGUUUAUCUCAGACAGCUGGAUAUUCGAUCUGCUUUUGUUUCAUUUUCUGCUCAAAAAGCAGCUCUAAAAGCCUUGCAUGGUCUUAAUGUCAAAAGGUUAAUUUUUGGAAAGUACAGGGAAGAUAACGGCUUUCAUUUCGUGGACAAUGAUGUUUUAGAUGGCCUUUGCUGUUUUAAUUUUCAGGAGGUAUCUUACUAUGUUUUGGAAAGUGCUAAAACAACAAUUGCUAUCUUUCGCUGUAUGAUCAAUGCAACACGUAUAACAGUAAAAGGAGGUAAUAUUUUUAAAAUGGAGACUGUGCAUUUUCAUAAAACCAAGGAGCUUUAUUUGAUCAACAAUGGCUUGGGUACUUUGCCAACUAAACAACUUUCACAUCUCCAUACAUUAGAAAAACUGGAAAUUACACACAACAGUGAACCUAUUUUUGCAGAGCCCUUUACAGACCUGCCUAAACUGCAGUAUGUAGAUUUAAGUGACAACCAAUUGAAAAUAAAACAUUGCUGCUCUACACUUUUAUCCGGCACUCCUCAAAUCAACUAUUUGAAUUUGAGCCUAAACUCAGAAAUUUCUGUUGAUGUGGGAGGAUUUGAAGGACUUGAUUCGCUUGAGAUUCUAGAUUUUUCCUAUACAAGGGUUGUACGCAUUGGAUACCUUUCUGUUUUAUCCAACCUAAAGAAUCUGAGGUAUCUGGAUGUUUCCUAUUCAAGUGUAACAUUUAGUAACAUAUUUUGCUUUCUUGGACUCAGCAGUCUUAAUGUUCUCAAAAUGGCUGGUAAUAAUUUUCAAGGUAAUGUAGCAAAAUAUGUAUUUAAUAAUCUCACGUUAUUGGAGCACCUUGACAUGUCAUUCUGUCAUUUGGUAGAGUUACACACAAGCUCUUUUAAAUAUCUUCAGAGGCUUAGACAUUUGAAUGUGAAAGGAAACUAUUUAAUUAAGAUAGAUUUUCUGACUCACCCAAAUCUGAAACAGUUAACUUCAUUUUAUGUUGAGAAAAACAGCAUUACUGCCAUUCCACUUCAUGUUCUUCAAAAUUUGCCCAUGAACCUUUCAGAGUUUGAUUUGUCCUUUAACCCAAUUGAUUGCUCCUGCUCUCAGACUGAUUUUAUGUUGUGGAUUAUCAAUAAUCAGAGAGUUUUGAAGCAGCCAGAAAAUAUUUUGUGCAAAACUAUUUCACCAAACUCAGAUUUUAGAGUAACAGACUUUGACAUUGACCACUGUGUCUACAAGAAAAAACUCAUAAUUGUUUUACCAGUAUUUUGUGUAGUGUUUAUAGUUGUGUUAUCAAUCUUGGUUUACAGGUUUCAAUUUUAUUUGCGCUAUUUUUGGAUUUUACUGAGAGGCUACAGAUCACCUGGACAGCAAGAAUGUUCUUAUGACGCAUUUGUGAUUUUCUCCAGCUAUGAUGAAGCUUGGGUCAUGAAUGAACUGAUGGAGAAUUUGGAGAACGGUGUGCCACCUAUUCAGCUUUGCCUUCACAUGCGGGACUUUCAAGCCGGGAAGUCAAUCGCCUCCAACAUUAUAGAUGAAGGAAUAAUGGGCAGCCGUAAGAUCAUUGUGGUCGUGUCUCAACACUUUAUUGAUAGUUCCUGGUGUCGUUUUGAGUUUGAAUUAGCUCAGUCUCGGUUUUUGAUGGAACGCAAUGCCAACAUCAUCAUCAUUAUUCUGGAAGAUGUGGCAGAGAGGAAAACUAAGAAAGUAAUAGGUCUACAUAAGCAUCUGAAGAAGAACACAUACCUGAAGUGGAGCAGAGACCCUUUGAGCAACAUGAGAUUCUGGAUACGACUCAGGAAAGCAAUUGUUGCUACAAAACAAUGAUAUAGUUUAGGCCACAAAUAGUUUGCAUGUCU